AUGCAAGCAAUCUCGGCCAAUUUCUUCACUGGCACUCACCAGCGAAUCUCUGCACUAUCCAAAAUCAGAUUCUACCGAAAUUUCCCAUCCCUGAGCACCUUACCAGCUGCAGACUUCGCAACACUAUGCCUAAGUAUUCUUCUUGUUCAGCAGCUGCCCUCAGGGAAGGCAACGCAAGUGCAAUCGUCGCUCUACUCUAGCGUCAAGAAUUUCAUCACCAUCCUAGAAGCUUCGGGUGAAAUUUCUCUUGAUCUUGCGCAUAGCAGAGUCUUGGUUGCCUUCUACGAGAUGGGCCACGGUCUUCACACUGCAGCGUAUGUGUCGGUGGCAGCGACUGCGCGAUUAGCCCGUUCUCUUGGUCUUCACAGAAAGCCGUGGCGCUCCCUGAACCCCGAAUCUGACAAUCUAUUAUCGGAAGAGCAGAAGCGGACAUGGUGGGCUAUAAGUAACAUGGACAGAUUUAUCAAUCUAUGCUCCGGAGAUGCCUUGUUCGUAACUGGUGACUCGGAGCAAUCGGAUCCUCUACCGAUCGAAGACUUAUUGUGGGCAGAGGGCUCAGAUCUGGCUGAUCUCAGCAGGUCCGUCACUACACCUCCAACCCUCGACACACCAUUCAACACCAGGGUAGGCCAGAUGGCCCGGGAGUGCCAAAUAUCUCAUCUCGCGGGACGGGUGAUUCGCCACGUUUUUGAGCCAAUUUCAGAUCGUGACUUCAAUAUGGAAGAAGGGCUCCAGCUCGAACGCACCUUGACAGCCUAUCUACCUCUUCUUGCCAAUGAAGAGCUCGAGAUAGGCAAGUAUUGCGGAGCAUUUGGGGUAUGCAAUAGCGCUCUUUUCAUCCUCUACGAAUCCAUGCUAAGCCGCUAUGACGGUGACUCUUCCGACAGAAACCGAGUCCUGCAAGCAAUCAAAGAAACGUCAUGGCGCGCUCUCAAAUUUGCUGAAGCAACUCACGCAGAUCGAUUCGAGAACUAUCCUAUCGAAACACAGUCACCGUAUCUCAUUUAUUCUCUAUACCAAGCGGCAGUCGUACAAUAUCGGCUGUGGGUACAGGAAUGUGAUCCCGUCUACCAACGAAACCUUGAAUCCCUCAAAGACAUACUGAACGCUUUCACCAAAAGAUGGAUGAUAACAUACCAAUAUCUCGAAAUUCUCGAUGGACUUGAUGAAAGCUGGCCGCCCAUCGCGCUACCUUUCCAAGGGCUUUUCAUCAGUUCAGGAAGACCAAGAGUUUCAUCUUGA